UAUAAGCCUUCUGGGGGGAGGGGAGAUGAUCGUGCUGAUGUGGAAUAAGUGCUCCUGCUGCCUCCUCUUACUAGCCGCGGUCCUGAUCAUGGAGAGCUCCCAGCUAGACAGCUCCAGCUCCAAGGUGAACUCCAUCAAGUCCACCCUGAUGGGGGAGGCUCCAACUCAGGCAACCAACAGAUCCGCAGGCAUCCACCAGGGACUGAAGCUUGCUAGCAGUAAGAAGGGGAAAAUGCUAGAGCAGAUAAGAAAACCUCCCAAGCACUAUCACCGGCAAGGAGAGAUCUAUCCUUGCACCAAUGACAAGGAAUGUGAAGUUGGGCGGUACUGUCACAGUCCUCAUCAAGCAUCAUCUGCGUGCAUGUUGUGCCGGAGGAAGAAGAAACGGUGCCACAGAGAUGGCAUGUGCUGCCCGGGGAAUCGCUGCAACAACGGUAUUUGUGUACCAGUAACUGAAAACAUCCUCACACCUCACAUCCCCGCACUAGAGGGGCCACGCAACAAGAAGAACAGUCAUUAUGCUAGCAAGGAUUUGGGAUGGCAAAACUUAGGGAGGGCGCAGUCCAAGCUGUCACACAUUAAAGGACAUGAAGGCGAUCCCUGCCUGCGGUCAUCAGACUGUAUUGAGGGACACUGCUGUGCUCGCCAUUUCUGGACCAAAAUUUGCAAGCCUGUAUUGCAUCAGGGGGAGGUGUGCACCAAGCAGCGCAAGAAAGGCUCCCAUGGACUAGAGAUUUUCCAGCGAUGUGACUGUGCCAAAGGGCUGUCUUGCAAAGUAUGGAAAGAUGCAACCUCUUCUUCUAAAUCAAGACUUCACGUGUGUCAGAAAAUCUGAAGGGUAGAUAGUACUAAGUAUUAAGUGACUGGUUUUCUGUAUUUAAUGUGUUACAGUAUGCUGGGAAAUGAGGACUGCAUGUGAAAGAGGAAUGGCUAAAUUAACAAGGUAGGAGUAGAAAAAAGUCACAUCAAAUGCAUUUCUUUUUAAGCUGGUGGAAAACACCGGAGCAGCCAGAGAUUUCCCACUGUGCAGUAAAUAACUGUAAAUAACUCGUACAGCCUGUGGGAAAUGCUAGUAUGCAAAUAAGUACAGUGGAAAUUUAAUGCCAUUUACCUUGCUGUGUUGUCCCAUGAUGUUCCAGGGGCCAGUAUAAGGGCUGCAGUGAUUUUCCACCGUGGCAAUGCCUGCUAAAUAAAUUGUAUACAUUGUACUCCUAUAGGAAGCUGUGCAUUCCAGGAAGACUUGUCUGUCAACACAUUAUCAGUGACUAAAAUAUUAUACAUUGCAGGUGCGAGGGAUGGAAAUACAGUUACUGUGAAUCUCCAUACACUUGUCAUGCAGGGCUGACGCUUCAGCAAAGAAAGCAUGCUUGCAGGACUGCUACGAGAGUCCUGAAUUUUGUAGGCCCUCACAAAAAGGUGAGAACUUGCCACCUCAUCAUUUCAAGACAGCAAGCAGUUUCUCUAAUCAGAGUCAUUUAAACAGGGUUUUCUUUCUAUAUUUAGGCGAACUGAAAUGCUUUAUGUAGUUCAAUGUCAUAGUAGGGCACUUAAUCGCUUGUAUUUGUCUCGGUUUACUGCUAGUGUACAUUGGAUUGAACAGAUGGAACAAAUACAUGCAUGCUGAAUCCAGAAUUAUAUACAGGCAGUUGCUCAUUAGACCUAAAUAUUCUUUCUUUUCCUAAACGUACUUGCAUUAUAGACAUUUCCAAAGAGAUAGUGGAGUGUUGAAUAUCUAAGUAAUAUCUUAGUGCUAGAAAUUCAACACUAAGAGACAUGAAAUUGUGCCAGAAGAUGUAGGCACUUGUUGGGGAAUUUAGAUUGUACUGCUAUAAACUCAAAGUUUUACUUUUCAAUAGUAGCAAUGGGCUACAGUUUGCUAUUAAUGCUAAAUCUGAUUGCAUUCUGCAAAUGGAUUUCUUUUUUAGCGGUAGCAAAGAAAAAGUUGGCACUUCCUCUCCUGCAGAAAACAAUGCAAGAAAAUAUGGUAGAGCCACAGAAGACUUAUUAUGCAUCAUGUGAUGAUGCAGCAUACCAGUUUCUGGCAUGUAUCUAACAUGAACUCGAUCUCUUCUAAAGGGAUCUUCUCUGGAUUUUUCUGUCAGGAAUUCUGGAAGUACCUGGACUAUGGAAACAACUCUGUGUUGUUUGUGUAGCAGUUAGAAGUUGAAGGAUGGAGACUAUCCUUUUUUUCCUCACAGUUCUUUUUAAACUUUUGUCCAUUUUACUUGUUCACAAGUAAUUCUUGUGUAUAGAUGUUGAUAAAGAGUCUGAUAUUUCUUUUAAGAAGUCUGGUUCUAUAACUGACCUACUGCUAAUCUGUAAUUACCCAUUUGUAAUUUACUUAGUUUCACAUUUUGUAACACACAAGACUUUUCUGUUUCAUCAGUUCUGAACAUAUAUACACCAAUACGUAGUUUUGAGACCAUGUCAUCCUGUACCUAAAACACUUUUUCCACUGAUACAUCUCUACCAGUGGUUGUUUUGAAGUUACACCUUAUGCGCCCACUGAGGCUUAGAUUUCCUAAUAAGAAUACAUUGCCUUUAGACUUAAGAGUCUAAAAAAAGAGAAAGGAAAGAAAAUUAAGAGUAAUUCAUAAGUCUCUUACCUUACUGGAGUUAUUUUUUAAUUGCCGUAAGGGGUUCUGGGGUUUUUUAACAGUCUCAGUUAGACUUCAGUCUCACAGUCCUAUCAGCUCCGCUUUGGUUAUUUCAAAGGAGUUCUUGUACCUAAAACAGGAAUAAGGUUCAGAAAUAGCAUAAUUUCAAGAUAUUGAAAAAGCGCAGGAACCAAAUCUGUGUUAUUUACACUGACAGCACAUGCUCAGCAGAGGAGAUCUGUUGCCUUCAUUGCAAUUAUGUGUACAAGAAAGUGUAAUCCAAAUGGAGCUGUGGGGUCGCAGAAAUAGGCUCAGCAAUUUUGAGCUUUUAUCAUUAGCUUGACCCUCUCCCUUUUCCUCUUACAAAACACAGUUAUGUGUGAUAAUUUAUUUACAGGAAAUGUUUAAUGAGAUGUAUUUUCUUAUAGAGAUAUUUCUUACAAAAAGCUUUGUAGCAAAGUAUAUUUGCAGCCUGUUGACUUUUAAUGUAGAAAAAUGUAUAAUAAGAUUAAAUAUAUUAAAUGUCCUUUCCCAUUUCUCCACAAA